ACAAGGUUAAAAUUGACAUUUAAAUUUGAGAUUUCGGUGGAUCGGCGGUCAAGAAUUCUGCCGAAAAUCUACUUUUCGAUUCACUCACUUUAACUGAAAAUGGCUCUAAAUAAACUGAGUAUCGAUGCCCUUAAUUUGAGUGGCAAACGGGUACUCAUGAGAGUCGACUUCAAUGUCCCAUUAAAGGAAGGAGUCAUAACAAACAAUCAGCGCAUCGUAGCGGCCUUAGAUUCUGUGAAAUAUGCUUUGGAUAAAGGUGCGAAAUCGGUGGUUCUUAUGUCACAUUUGGGCAGACCCGACGGUCAGGCAAACUUAAAAUACACUUUGAAGCCGGUAGCUGCAGAGCUGAAGAAGUUAUUAAACAGAGAUGUGACCUUCCUGUCCGACUGUGUGGGUUCUGAGGUGGAAGCUGCUUGUGCUGACCCUCCAGUAGGCUCUGUCAUACUCUUGGAGAACCUUCGCUUCCAUGUUGAAGAGGAAGGCAAGGGUGUGGAUGCUAGUGGCGCCAAGGUCAAAGCUAAUCCUGAAAAAGUCAAAGCUUUCCGAGCCAGCUUGAGGAAACUGGGGGAUGUGUACAUAAAUGAUGCUUUUGGUACUGCUCACAGAGCACAUAGUUCCAUGAUGGGUGAUGGAUUUGAACAAAGAGCCAGUGGCUUUUUACUAAAGAAGGAGUUGCAAUACUUUGCUAAAGCACUGCAUGAGCCAGAGAGACCUUUCCUGGCAAUCCUUGGUGGGGCUAAGGUAGCAGACAAGAUACUGCUGAUAGAAAAUUUGUUGGAUAAAGUCAACGAGAUGAUCAUUGGUGGUGGUAUGGCAUACACAUUCCUCAAAGUAACUAAGGGUAUGGCUAUUGGCAGUUCAUUAUAUGACGCUGAAGGAGCUAAGAUUGUUACCAAACUUAUGGAGAAAGCUGCUAAGAACAAUGUGAAGGUGCAUCUUCCAGUGGACUUUGUUACAGCUGAUAAGUUUGAUGAAAAGGCAUCGGUUGGCAGCGCCACUGUUGAAUCUGGAAUCCCUGAUGGCUGGUUAGGCCUUGACGUUGGACCCAAGUCUCAAGAGCUCUUCGCGGAGCCUAUUGCCCGAGCUAAAGUUAUUGUAUGGAAUGGGCCUGCUGGUGUGUUUGAGUUUGAAAAGUUUGCUGGUGGAACUAGGGCACUUAUGAAUGGAGUCGUCAAGGCCACUGCUAACGGAGCAAUCACCAUUAUUGGAGGAGGCGACACUGCCACUUGUUGCGCGAAAUGGGGCACUGAGGACAAGGUCUCUCAUGUCUCCACUGGUGGUGGCGCUUCGCUCGAACUUCUCGAGGGUAAAGUUCUCCCUGGCGUUGCGGCAUUGUCUGACGCAUAAAUUGAAUAUUAUAAAAUAAGCAUAAUUAUAUAUAGUUGAACACAGAUUGUUAUAUUCAUGAUUAUUUAAAUUGUGAAAUUGUACGAAGAUAUGAUUAGCGCAUACAUUAUUGGAUUUAGAGCUGCUAUUGAUCUUAUCAAAAAUGUUAACAGACACAAAAUUCUGUCAAUAGCAUAAUAUAUUUAUCAUUAAUAAUAAUA